CUUCAUCCCCGCAUCAUGUUGGACCAAUUAUUUCCUCUCAAGCGCAGCGCUACCUCUGGAGAACUUUUCCUGCGUCUGCCAGCUCCGCACGACAACCUCAUUUUGACUCCGCCUCGACCUGACGACGCUCUCGCUCUGGUUGGUAUCAUCAACGACCCUGAGGUCUAUCCAUGGCUUGGACGGCCUGCGGAGGAAUACACACUCUCUGAUGCAAAGGCUCUUGUUGAAGAGUAUACUGCUUCUUCAAAUGAAGUCAUCGAAAAGCUAGAAAACACUGUCGACCUCGAGGGACUGGUUUUUGCAGAAGACUGUCCAGUUAGAAGCAUUCGUGAGAUGCAGACGGACGGAACCGAUGUCUUCAUCGGAAACAUCACAAUCAAGCGGUGUAACUGGUGGGACGUUCAGGCCCCAGAACGUGAACGACUGAAGGAAGCAAACGCUGCAUUGCCAACUGGACACCCUGAGAUUGUGUGGCAGUUAUCGGACUUCCUCGCUUCAAGUCAUCACCGCCGUGGAAUCAUGUCUGUUGUAAUCCAGACACUCAUGACAGAGUGGGCCAUUCCACGAAUGGGAGUGCGGCAAAUGCAUGUCUCCGCUUUCAUCGGGAAUACCGGCAGUGUGCGCGUUUUCGAAAAGAAUGGUUUCGUAUUAACGACCACGCUACAAGACGCCAUCGAGAUUCGCGGGGAGAGGCGAGGGCUGCAUGUACUUGACUGGACAUACACUCAUUCCGAAUGCUGA